UGCACGCUUUGCUGCAGUCUUUUCAGCACAGGGUUGAGUCAAAAAGAUGUACUCAAUACCCAUUGAUUGGCUGGAAUCCUUUCAGUGGUCUCCCACUUGUCAGUGACCUGGAGGGUGUGCGUGUGUAGGAAUGAAUGACAGCUUGCCUGGGCCUCUUUCCAUUGCCUCCAUGAUUCUCUGCAUGGAGUAAGAGCAUUGUUACCUAGAGCCAGGGACAUGCUAGAUCUGUCCUAGCAACUGUACAGCAGUGGCUCUCCUCUUGCAGUUUCACAUACGAGGCUUUUUCAGUCUUGCUGUCAUAUACUGUCAUUAUGGUUGGCUCCUGCGGGACGUGACUCUGUCCUGGAAAGGAUUUUUUUUUACUUGCCGCUGCGUUGAUUAAAGCUCUUUUCCGGGAAGAUGGCAGCGUGCAGGGUAAAAAGGAACAGGACCCACAUGUCAGUGGUCUAGGAUGGCCAGUGAAGGCUCCAACAUCCCAAGUCCUGUGGUGCGUCAGAUUGACAAACAGUUUCUGAUCUGCAGCAUAUGCCUGGACCGCUACAAGAACCCCAAGGUACUCCCCUGUCUGCACACUUUCUGUGAGAGGUGCCUACAGAAUUACAUUCCAGCCCACAGCUUAACUCUUUCUUGCCCAGUGUGCCGCCAGACAUCCAUUCUGCCAGAGAAAGGGGUUUCUGCACUUCAGAACAAUUUCUUCAUUACCAACCUGAUGGAUGUCCUGCAGCGAACUCCAGAAAAUAGCAUUGAGGAGUCUUCCAUCUUGGAGACUGUCACAGCUGUUGCUGCAGGGAAACCACUUUCCUGCCCGAAUCAUGAAGGAAAUUUGAUGGAAUUUUACUGUCAGUCUUGUGAGACAGCCAUGUGCCGGGAAUGUACAGAAGGAGAGCAUGCGGAGCAUCCCACAGUGCCUCUCAAGGAUGUUGUUGAACAACACAAGGGUUCGCUUCAAGCACAAUUAGAUGCUGUCAACAAAAGACUUCCAGAGAUAGAUACUGCACUUCAUUUCAUAUCUGAAAUUAUACAUCAGCUGACCAACCAAAAGACCAACAUCGUUGAUGAAAUUCAUUCCACUUUUGAUGAACUCCAGAAAACUUUAAAUGUUCGCAAGAGUGUGCUACUUAUGGAACUGGAAGUCAAUUACGGCCUUAAACAUAAAGUUUUGCAGAAUCAACUUGAUACCCUCUUGGAAGGACAGGAAAACAUUAAGAGUUGUAGUAACUUUACAGCCCAAGCACUCAACCAUGGAACGGAAACAGAAGUGUUGCUUGUCAAGAAGCAAAUGAGCGACAAGCUGAACGAUCUGGCCGACAGAGAUUUCCCACUCCAGCCCCGUGAAAAUGAUCAGCUGGACUUCAUAGUGGAAACAGAUGGGCUGAAGAAGUCCAUUCAUAACCUUGGCACUAUUUUAACCACAAAUGCUGUUGCUUCUGAAACAGUGGCCACCGGCGAAGGGCUGAAGCAGACGGUGAUAGGACAGCCUAUGUCAGUCACCAUCACUACAAAGGACAAGGAUGGUGAGCUCUGUAAAUCUGGGAACGCUUAUCUGACUGCUGAGCUGAGUACCCCUGAUGGGAGUGUAGCCGAUGGAGAAAUACUUGACAAUAAAAAUGGCACUUACGAAUUUCUGUAUACUGUCCAGAAAGAAGGGGAUUUUACUCUUUCACUGAGACUCUAUGAUCAGCAUAUUAGGGGCAGCCCAUUCAAACUCAAGUUAAUCAGAUCAGCGGAUGUGUCCCCAACGACUGAAGGAGUCAAAAGGCGUGUUAAGUCUCCUGGCAGUGGCCAUGUCAAGCAGAAGGCGGUAAAAAGACCGGCUAGUAUGUACAGCACCGGCAAAAGGAAAGAGAACCCCAUUGAAGAUGAUUUGAUCUUCAGAGUAGGUACCAAAGGGAGAAACAAAGGAGAAUUUACAAAUCUUCAGGGAGUAGCUGCAUCCACAAAUGGAAAAAUAUUAAUAGCCGAUAGCAAUAAUCAGUGUGUACAGGUGUUUUCCACUGAUGGCCAGUUCAAGAGCCGUUUUGGUAUUCGGGGAAGGUCUCCCGGUCAGUUGCAGCGGCCGACAGGAGUGGCUGUGCACCCUUGUGGGGACAUCAUUAUUGCCGACUAUGAUAAUAAAUGGGUUAGCAUAUUCUCCUCUGAUGGAAAAUUUAAGACAAAAAUUGGGUCUGGAAAACUUAUGGGACCGAAAGGCGUUUCUGUGGAUCGAAAUGGGCACAUCAUUGUUGUGGACAACAAAGCAUGUUGUGUGUUCAUCUUCCAGCCUAAUGGAAAAAUAGUAACCCGGUUUGGAAGCCGAGGCAAUGGGGACAAACAAUUUGCAGGUCCCCAUUUUGCAGCUGUCAACCACAAUAAUGAAAUUAUUAUUACUGAUUUCCACAAUCACUCUGUCAAGGUAUUUAACCAGGAAGGUGAAUUCAUGUUGAAGUUUGGGUCUAAUGGAGAAGGGAACGGGCAGUUCAAUGCUCCAACAGGAGUAGCUGUGGAUUCUAAUGGAAAUAUUAUUGUAGCAGACUGGGGAAACAGCAGAAUACAGGUUUUUGAUGGAAGUGGAUCCUUUUUAUCCUAUAUAAACACAUCUGCUGAUCCACUGUAUGGUCCUCAAGGUUUGGCCUUGACAUCCGAUGGUCAUGUGGUAGUUGCAGACUCCGGCAAUCACUGCUUCAAAGUCUAUCGAUAUUUACAGUAACAACUGGAACAGGAUCUCGCUCAAGAUGUUUCUAGCUUCAGAAAUCCAAGAUAGAUCCUUUUGUGUAGGAUGUCCACCUCUUAAAUACUUCAAUUUUAAUGCUGAAGGAGGCUCCAGUUUAUCCCCUAAACCUACAUUGUUUACAUAGGAUUUGCACCUCAUAUGUUCUGCACUGAACGUGUCCUAGGGGAUUAAUACAUACAACCCUGUUUUUUCUCCCUCCCCUUCCCCAAAUUCACAAAGACAGUGGAACACUAGACAUAUGAACUAUGGCUUGUAGAUCAGGCAUUUCUGUAAUUGACCAAUUUUUGUGAAGGAGGGGAAGAACAUAAAAAGUUACUUGUUAUUAAAGGGUGUAUACAAUAUGUGAAUGGGAGUGCUGGUUUAAAGCAUCCAUGUUUGGAAGUUGUGUGUGUUAAGGACUAUUUGACCCCAGCAGGAAGUCUGGGAACCUUCUAGAUCACAUUGUUAUAGCUAAGUAUUACACUUGUAAGAUUCUUCCUUCCUAGUUCAUGUAAUAAAUAGUUUCUUUUAGUAAUAAGGA